ACCCGGUUAUGCACCAAUGCAUCUUGGGAUGAAGAAGGUGCCUUUGUAGUGUCGUCGAAAGCCCUUGAACGCGAGAUGAUUUUUUCCUGCGUGCAUUUCUUCAGAUUUUAACUCCGAAUAACGAACACAGCUGUUCAACCUGUCAACAACCGCACUGAGGUCGUGUGCGUUCGGAGGCAGUGAGAAAAUGGGAGCUGAUAAAAGGAUCAGUCGGACAGAACGUAGCGGCAGAUAUGGCUCUGACCAGUCCCGUGAUGAAUCAGAAUGGCGCGACAGAAGAGAGAGGGAUCAAGAGCGUGAACACAACAUGCGCCGCUGGGGGGAAGAGAGACGUGGUGAUCGUUACGAAGGAGACCGCCGAGGAUCAAGAGACAGUCCAGAGCAAAGAGACAGGAAAAGACGCAACAGUGAUAGAUCAGAAGAUGGUUACCACUCAGACGGUGACUACCCAGACCAGGAUUACAGAAGGGAGCCUGGGGAGGAGAAGAAGAGCAAGACCAUUAUGCUCUGGGGUCUGUCUCCUCAUGUCGCUGAGGAUGAUAUUCGUUUUGCCAUAGACCAGUUGGAGGGACCCCAGCCAGUGGAUGUCAGACUGAUGAAGAAAAAAACAGGUAUAAGCCGUGGUUUCGCCUUCGUGGACUUUUAUCACUUGCAAGAUGCUACCCGAUGGAUGGAGACCAAUCAGAAACGUCUGACCAUCCAAGGCAAAAUUGUGGACAUGCACUACAGUAACCCCAGAAACAAGUAUGAAGACUGGCUCUGCAACACUUGUGGCCUGUACAAUUUCCGGAGGAGGCUGAAGUGCUUCAGGUGUGGAGCAGCCAAAGCUGAAGGUGAAAUCAGCAGUAAUACAGGACCCGCCGAAUCUCAAUCCAGUGGAGAUUUCUAUGGCGACACAAUCAUCCUGAGAAAUAUCGCUCACAUGACGACCGUGGAAGCCAUCAUGACGGCCCUGGCACCAUAUGCUAAUCUUUCAUCUAGCAACAUUCGUCUCAUCAAGGACAAGCAGACGGGCCAGAACAGAGGCUUUGCCUUUGUACAGCUCUCCUCUCCCCUGGAGGCCUCUCAGCUGCUCACCAUCUUACAGGGACUGCAGCCUCCUCUGAAACUUGAUGGGAAAACAAUAGGGGUGGAUUAUGCCAAGAGUGCUAGAAAGGAUCUUUUACUACCAGAUGGGAAUCGCGUCAGCGCAUUCUCCGUGGCCAGCACAGCCAUCGCUGCAGCCCAGUGGUCCUCAAGUCAGAGCCAAGAUGGAAUGUCGGAGUACAGCUACCUGCAAGAAGGCUACACUCCAAUGUCACAGGAGUAUCAGACGUACUACCAGCAAGCAGCAGGAGCCAGCACCUCACAGGGAAAUGGAAUUCUAGGAGCUGCCCCAAGUGUAAAGAUUGUUCCAACUGCAGCUGGAGUUGUUAUCACACCGACUGCACAAGUCUACCAACCACAUAUAAUUGCUCAGCCUGCUGUACAGGCAUUGACACUUGCGCACCAACUGGAGGCAAAAUCCCACACAGGACAUCUCUCAGGGAUGGAAGCUGCGGCCUUGUCUGUUGCUCCUACAGCUGCGGUCGGUUCAACAGCCUCCGGACAUACGGCUGAAGCCAACGCUGCUGUUCCUGAUACAUCCACUUAUCAGUAUGAUGAGUCCUCUGGCUACUAUUAUGAUCCUCAAACUGGCCUCUACUACGACCCCAACACACAUUAUUACUACAACUCUCAGACCCAGCAGUACCUGUACUGGGACAGUGAGAAGCAGACAUACGUACCUGCCUCAGGUGACAUGAAUGCUGGACAAAAUGAUGCAGCAACAGGAAGCAAAGAAUCGAAAGAAGGCAAGGAGAAAAAGGAAAAGCCCAAAAGCAAGACUGCUCAGCAGAUUGCUAAAGACAUGGAACGGUGGGCUAAAAGUCUUAACAAGCAGAAAGAGAACUUCAGAAGCAGCUUUCAGCCUAUAAGUCAUGAGGAGAGGAGGGAGGCAGCAGCUGCUGACGCUGGCUUCACAUUGUUUGAAAAGAAGCAGGCAGGGGGUCUAGACAGACUCAUGCCAGAGAUGCCAUGGGCCGUUGAGGAAGAGCCACCAACCAGCUCAGUCCACACUUCCAAGUCUGGCCUUGUGGCCGCCUACAGUGGAGACAGUGACCCUGAGGAGGGGGGAGCAGAGCUCGAUGGUGGUGACGUAGUCCAGGACCAGCUGACAGACUGGAAGAAGUUGGCCUGUUUGCUGUGUAGGAGACAGUUUCCCAAUAAAGAGAGUCUAGUUCGACAUCAACAGCUCUCUGACCUCCACAAGAAAAACCUGGAGGUUCUCCGCAGAUCAAAAAUGACCGAGGCAGAGCUGGAAGAGUUGGAGAGGAAAGAGACCGAGCUGAAAUACAGAGACAGGGCAGCUGAGAGGAGAGAGAAAUAUGGCAUCCCAGAACCGCCAGCGCCCAAAAAGAAGAAAUUUAACCAAGCAGCACCACCAGUCAUUAACUAUGAGCAGCCCACUAAGGACGGCCUUAACAGUGACAAUAUUGGGAACAAAAUGCUGCAGGCCAUGGGCUGGAAGGAGGGGAAAGGACUUGGUCGCAACCAGCAGGGCAUCACUGCACCAAUUGAGGCCCAGCUGAGAACAAAAGGAGCUGGACUUGGAACUAAAGGCACAAACUACACCCUCUCUGCCUCCGACACGUACAAAGACGCAGUCCGUAAAGCCAUGUUUGCUCGCUUCACUGAAUUGGAAUGAAUCUUUUGUCCCGAGCUCAAAUAAUGAUUCAUAUCAACUUGGCCUGUAGAUGAUAUUUGCCUUUUCCUCUGGACGAGCUCCACCAUGUCUGCAUUAACAAGGAUAAAAGAACUGAUACUGAAGCAAAAGAGAGAAUCUUAAAUGAUUUCACUCAUGUAUGAUGACUCCACGAUGAUUAUGCCCCUUACCAAGGACCAGACCAUAUAAAUACUCUGUAACGCAGGCAUAUUAAGAUAAUGAAUUACAUAAUUUAUAAGUUGUACAUAUGCACAGUAAGUUUACUUACCUAGUUCACAAAGUUGGUUUUUUUGUAUUUCGUCAGUGGUAAUGCCCUUUUUUUCUCAGCAUGUUGAAAAGAUUGUACAGUUUAUACAAAAUCUUUUGUUUGUACAUAAAAUAAAUUCCCUACGAGA